AUGGCCAGUCGGGCUACCACAUCGGAGCUCGACAGCUGGAGCAACCGGGAAGGUCGGUUUGGUUGGAUGGCACGCAACAGCGUCACCUCCACGAUGGAUGCAAUGUGUCAGGGCGGUUUCGAGCUGGUUCGUGCCGCGUUCGGCAAUGGAGAGCAUUCGGUGACAGAAGGGCGAGGCCUGGGCAAGGAGGUGUAG